GGUGGGUGCAAGUGGAGAUCGCGCUGAGCGGUGGGGCGCGAUUAGAUUGGUCCGACCAGCAACGUAGCCUCUUUUGUUCGCCAUGCACGCGAAAAGCAAAGAGCCGUGCGCGUGCAUUUCGCCAAACAAAACCGACAAGAAGCUGACAGCAGCAAGGCGCGUUGGCGCGCUCUUCGCACAAACAGCUGCAUGCAGACGGCUCGAGAGAAGAAAGUCGGAAGUGUCUCAAGGUGAUGCUGGCAACAAGCCUGCUCCGAUGUCGAGAAAAGAGAAGUGGAAGCAUGCAAUCAAGGAGUACGGUAGUGCAAUGGUGGCGUUCCAUGUCGUGUUGUCAUUUACAUCCUUCGGCAUCUGCUACGUGCUUGUUUCGAGUGGUGUAGACAUGACAGCAGUUGCAGAGAAGCUUGGUUUCAGCAUGGACUCCCAGUGGGUGAACUCAAAGAUUGCUGGUGGAAGUGGUACACUUGUACUUGCGUACGCGGUCCAUAAACUGUUUACCCCCGUGCGCAUGGGCAUUACAUUGUCUACAACGCCGAUCCUCGUGCGGUGGUUGCGGCGCAAUGGCAUUUGGGGCUUCAGAUAUUGAGUGGAUUUUAGCGCUUACCCAUGACCGAAAUUAACCUAUGUAGAUAUGCUUAAGUCGUAAGUUCUUGUUAAACAGCUGUAUAUUAAGUUGAAUAAAACGAGAUUUGAGCUGA